CGGUUAAAAUAUCCUGAUAAUAUUUCGAUCGGCAGAGAAACAGGUCUCUAUUAUCGCUGCGGCGCCGGCCAUGGAGCUGCUCAACAAGGUCUGUCUGUUCGGCGCGCGCCACUGCUUCUACACGCAGUCGGCGGCGGCUGGCGCGGCUUACUGCUACGCGGCGGUGCUGGCCUACACGCUAUCCGUGAGCAUCCAGCGCGCUCGCCUGGGAGAGCACGGCCACGCGACGCACCUGAUGCCGGUCAAGCGGAUGCGCUGGUUCCCGACGUUCUUGAGCUUCGCCUACUUUUCGCGUAUCGCGUGGCUGGUGCUCAGUAAUAUGCACAUGUUCCAGUGGGUGGAAGGCUCGGCGCCCAACUUCCGCUACGAGCACAUGGUGUUCGUCACGCCACUACUGCCGACUGACAUCGACAUUUACGUGCUGGGCGUUACGAGCUUCGGCAAGCUGGCCACGCUGCUCUACUUCUCGGCCUUCACGCUGCUACUCCGUUUCUGGGAGGACGUGCGCACACAGGCUCGGCGGGCCGAGCAACCGUUGGCCCGAGUGGCCGCUAACCAGUCCGUCAUCGCGGAGUAUACGCGUGGAGCCGGCGCUCAACGGUCUGGGCGGUCCAGGAAGCUGUUCCUCGUGGCUAACGUCUGGAUCUACCUAGUAGAGUGCGCCCUACUGGUGCUUAAGACCUUGUUCCCGGGGGAGAAGAUGGUGCUAUUCGAGAUGGAGUAUGGCUUCGUGGCCCUGUGCUUCUUCCUGCUGGCCGUCAUGCUGGCCAGGUGCGCGUUGCAGCUGCGCGCCGUGCUGCUCAAGAUCGAGUUCUCGUCCUUAGCGGCCACCAUCGCGUCGCGGCUGUCGCUCAUUGGCGCUGUAUCGUCGCUGCUCUUCUUCUAUCGCAGUUUGCUGCUGCUCUUCUCCAUGCCGGCCAUCGACGUCUUCGACCCGCACGUGUCAAACCCGUGGCUGUUCUACGCGAUCCCGGAGCUCAUCCCGGGGGCCUUGGUGAUCUACAUGAUGAACGUCAAGAGGCAACACCAGCCACCGGCGCCAACAUGGGGGAUCACAAAGGUGGACGAGCAGACGCCGUUGCUGCAAGAGUUGCGAAGCCUUUCCGACGACCUGCCGCAGUUCCGAGGGCAAGAACUGCACAUCUAACCUUAUUACUGUAAAUUUUGUGCAAUAGAUGUUUGAUUCAGACGGGCUACUUCAACACAGAACUACAAUUAAUGGCGAUUGCUAGUCGUCAUCGCUGCGAGGUUUGUUCCAGACCCACUUGUUGCCCGACAGUUUGAUACCUUCUUCGACUGGACAGCCAGCAUGCAGACUCAUUGGAUCUCCUUCGCCAUUCGGUAGCAUGCUGUAGAACACGACCACUUUGCGCUUCUUCGGCGCGACGCUAAUGCCCUGUGAGCAGUCCUUGUUGGAAGAAGGGCGUGGCAGGCCACCUGAACGAGCGAAAUUGGUGUGGCCGCCCUUGGCCACGUCCGACAUGUACCAGAACACCGUGAUCAUGCGAUUCUUGUAGCCGUAUUCGAUCCGCUUUAGGACGUCAAGCGAGUUACGAUGGCGUUCAGCGGAGAAGUAGUCCAAAUGCUGGUCGUAGUGCUGCGUGUGCUCGUAACGCAGUACUUGCACGGAUUCCUGGUGGCUGAUCGGCACCUUAACGAGGUCGGCCGUGCGUUUAUCGAUGUCUUGCACCACAGGGUGGCUGGAUGAGUCCAGCCAGUAUGUCGUGCUAGUGCGCCAGUCCGUGGCCGGUCGGUUCUCAUGGCCGUCCUGCAGUGUCACGCCAGACGGCGCCAGGUGCGGCAUCGACAGUUCCAGGAUGAUGUCGAUCUCGUCGUCACGGAGAAAUUCCUCCACGCUGAACACGAGCGGCGUCAUACUGAUCGUCUCCAGCACGAGAUCACCACGGCCGAAGGUGUUCUUUACCAGUGCUGCAACAGAGCCAGCAAGAGUGCGUUAGAAAGCGAGACAUCGUUUACAUCUCUGCCAUCUCAACAAAAACUUACUCUUGUGUCCUAUACGAAUUCCGGGCCAGAUGAACUGGCCGCCCUCGAACAAGAACACGAUCCGAUUUUGCAGCACGGUGAUGUUCUUCUCC